AAAGUAUGUAAGUGUGUAGGAAAUGGUUUGAAACUUUGUUUCGAAAGUCAAAAAUCACUGUGGCCGUUCGAAAAUCAUUUUCGGCUUUGACCAACACUGACAUCUAGCAGGUCAGAGCUGCAAAAUUCGAAAAUAUGCUACAAUAGAGCCGAUUUCGGAGCCUGGCUGCGAGAUUCGGUAAACCAGGGAAAAUGGGAAGCGCAGGCGUACCGCAUACCAUCAUCUGGUGCGGCAGUGGUGCAGACCUCCAGCCGCCGAGAUCCGUCCAGCUGCAAGGGGAGAGCCAGCACCUGAAGCAGCAGGAGCAGGAACAGCACCGCCAGCAGCAGCAGCAGCAGCAGGAGCAGGAUCAGGCGCCGGCGGAAGAGCAGGAUUCGAAGGCGGUGAACAGCAAGGAUGGCGCUCCCAGUCAGGACACGUCCGCCGGUUCCGGCCAGGAUCAGGAUCGGGAUCAGGCCCAGGCCCAGGACUCCGCCAAGAAACGCUGCGACAAGUGCGGCAAGAAGCUCGGCCUCACCGGCGGUUUUCCCUGUCGAUGUGGAGGCACCUAUUGCGCCGUCCACCGGUACAGUGACCGCCAUGAGUGCAAUUUCGACUAUCGCGAAAUGGGCGCCAGCGAAAUCCGGCGUGAUAAUCCCGUCGUCGUCGCCAGCAAACUCCGAAAGCUCUAGGUUAGCCAAAAGGAUCUGACCAAACCGAAGCAUGGAAACAUGGCCAAUCUCCUCCUUUCAGUGGCCAAAAGGAUGGGAAAUCUACGGCUGGCUGAGAUUACAAUAAACAGCUGUGCCCAGUAAUUUGGAUCUAGAUUUACAUUAAGAACAGUUGGCAAAAUACACACAUAUCAUCGCAUAUUAAAACA